UCAGCACCUCAGUUUCGGCCAAGUUGUCGGCAAGAGGAAAUUCUGCGAGUCAUGGUGGGCCAUUCAACGCGAGGGGAGUGAUAACCAUAUAGAGAUCUAAGGGAAUAAGUGCGUAGUUAGUUAGACGUGACUGAUGACAGUGGCUGUGUAUGCAUAUAGAGGCAUUCGGAGUCAUUUGUCAGUAAACUCUUCCUGAGCUUGGUGAACUUUGAUAAUGCAUGCUUACAAAUAUUAAAGCUGGAUAUAAUUUGGGUGAAAAAAGACAACAAAAGAGGAUUUAUCUUCACCUUUAGUUCUGUUUUAUUAGAAGCACAUGACUGAAACAAAGCGAGCAUCCUUUUAUCUUGUGUCUGCUUUUGAUUUUCUAUUGUAUACAAGGCUGACCAUAACCUUAAUUGGGUUUGACAUUUGUUUGUGUGUAAUUUUUUGUUUUUGCUUUUUAGUUCCUUUUUGAGUUUUUUCUUUUUUGUUCCUUUGCAAAGAAAUGCUUUACUUGAAAAAGUACUUCACAGAGGGUCUUAUUCAGUUCACUAUCCUCCUGAGUCUAAUUGGGGUACGGCUGGACUUGGACACUUAUUUAAACAAUCAGCUCCCCCCACUCCGUGAGAUCAUCCUGGGCCCCAGCUCGGCCUACACCCAGACGCAGUUCCACAAUCUCCGUAACACCCUGGACGGCUAUGGCAUCCAUCCUAAAAGUGUGGACCUGGACCAUUUUUUCACCACUCGUCGGCUUCUGAACCAGGUGCGCUCCCUGGAUCAUCUGCGUGUGCCCAGCACUGAGCUGAGUGCCUGGCUGGUGCAUCGUGACCCUGAGACUGUGGUUUCGGCAACCAGUCAGUCCGGCCCCAGCAUUGCCCUGGACAAUGGGGGCAGCCUGGAGGACGUGAACAACUCCGAAGCCUCGGCCAUGAGAGGGGCUGGUGGUGCUUCUGAGACCACUUACAGCCUCAGCGGAGAGGACAGCCUGGGAGCCGUGGCCCCUGAGGACAGUCAAGAGCAAGGGGAGAGAGAGAGCAGUGACGACCUCUCCAAAGAGCUUACCAGUCUUGGUGCUCAGACUUCAUUAUCCCUGCAGGAAUGUCUGAGGCUUCUGGAGGCCACCUUUCCAUUUGGAGAAGAGCCAGAGUUCCAAGCCACUGGAUCCACCUCACAGCUUAGAGCUCCAACUGAGGAAACGCCAUCAACAUCACAAGGGAUCCCCCUACAAGCCCCUCUGUCACAGUCUGACACACCACUAGACCUGGAGCAGCAGUGGCAGGACAUAAUGUCCAUAAUGGAACUGCAGGACAUGGAGGUGAACAAUACUGCAGUAAAUGUCUCCAUGAAUAAUGACCCCAAUAACAACAACGCCAGCACCACCGACUCAGCCACAAUAGGAAGUUUUGGACUUCCACGGUCCACUCUCAUUAACCAGGAUGUUAGUCUCCACCAGGCUUCACUUCCCAGCUGCAGCCAGGACUUUCCCCCAUUGUUCAACCCCGAGUUGGAUUCCAUUGGGGUACAGCGGCCUACCUUAGUCAGGCUCUCUUCUAGCAACUCCUCCAACAUCAAUUCAACAUUUGGAGCUACUAACUUGACCGGUCUCUUUCUCUCACCACCUCUAAACAGUACAACUAAUCUAACCACCACUCCGGUGGUGCCAGAUCCAUUUUCCAGCCUGCUGGAAGAGUCUAUGCUGGAUGAAAUUAGCCUGCUAGACCUUGCAAUGGAAGAGGGUUUCAGCCAAGACCAGGCUUCUCAGCUCGAGGAUGAGCUUGAUUCAGACUCAGGUCUUUCACUGGACUCCAGCCAUAGCCCAGCCUCUCCUAGCAACUCGGAGACAUCCUGCUCGUCAGCCGCAUCGUCUUCAUCCACCUCGGCUACAUUCUCAGAGGAAGGAGCUGUUGGAUACAGCACCGAUUCAGAGGCGGCCACAGCAGAAGCAGAGGAAGGAGCUAUCGGGGGCUACCAACCGGAGUAUAGCAAGCUGUGCCGCAUGGGCUACCAAGAUCCCUCUCAGUUCCAUGGCAUACCACAGUUGGAAAGUGUCAAUCACAACCACACCUACAAUCUACCACUGGCAUCAUCCUACUCUGAGCGCUCUCAACUGUCCACAUCCUGCAGCAAGAAAGGCAGAGACAAGCAAAUACAGCAGACAAAGCUCCAGCCACCACAAGACUGUGUUGACAGGCAGUCUAGCCGUGAUGAUCGUAGGGCGAGGGCCAUGGACAUCCCAUUCUCCAAUGACAAGAUCAUUAACCUCCCUGUCGAGGAGUUCAAUGAGCUUCUGGCCAAGCACCAUCUCAAUGAGGACCAGCUUUCACUCAUUCGCGACAUCCGCCGACGUGGAAAGAACAAAAUGGCGGCACAAAACUGCCGUAAACGCAAAUUAGACACCAUCCUCAAACUCGAGGAGGGCGUGCAAGACCUGCAACGCGAAAAGGCUCAGCUGCUGAAGGAGAAGAUGGAAUACUGUAAGUGCAUCAGACAGACGAAGCAGAAAGUUCAGAGCCUUUCCCAGGAAUUGUUCGCACAGCUGCGGGACGAGGAAGGCAGACCCUACUCGGCCAGCGAGUACUUUCUGCAGUACGGCCCUGAUGGCGUUCUCCUCAUGCCUCUUAACAUGACCACAGAACAAAGCAACAAGCCUGACAAGAAGCAGAAGGACAAAAAGAAGUGAGGAACUCAAAGUGUUGCCCUUUUAUUUUUCGCAAAGGCACUACCAUACAAAGUAUUUCGAAAGGCAAAGGAAGCCUUUUUCUUUGAAACAAUUCUAGCGAGGAGAAGAAAAUUGCAUCAUUGAUUACUCCUCCUGCAUUGGGUUUUCUUUGUUCCUUUUUGGUUCAGAAGUUUUCUCCUGAAAGCGGCAUUAAAGCAGACGUGCUGUGUGUAGUACUGAUUUCUCAUUGAUGUACAGAAAGAUACGAGCGAACACUGUCAAGAACGUGAGGUCAUGAAGGACACCAACAAAAUGUUCUUAAUUAAAAGAACUAUUCAGGAAUGCUCCCAAAAAUGUAGUCGAUGACAAUAAUACACCAUACUAAGAUGACGUUGGCCAUGAGGAUGCAAAAAUUUACAUUUUCAGCAUUAGCCCAUGCUGUGUGUUUGUGCGUACCCUGGGAUUUCAUUGGUGGGUGGGGAAGAUCCAACUGAGAGCUGGUAAAAUAAAAAGAGUACUGAACGCUAGAAGUGAAGCCAAAAGAAAACAUAGGCAUGCCAAUACUAACCAAAGGUUGUGUUGUGCCGUUGUGUUGUUCCCAUAACGAAUCAUACAGGUCACUCCGUGGAUCCAAAUUCACGUUUUCACUUAAAAAA